UGCCCCAAAGUUUUUGGAUCCGCGUCUCCUCAUGAUGUAUGGAUGAUAUAUUGCAUUGUGGGUGUCAAUAUAACUGACGGCCAUAUUUGCCGGUGCUGCUCCUGCUGUAAACAACCCAAAGUGUCUGGGAGACGCGGAGACGCUUCGCUGGAUCUCAGGACGCUUCUCCUCCGCCCUCCUCGCCGCGCUGGCCAUGUCGCUGGGAAUGUCUUACAAGCCCAACUUGAACGCCCACAUCCCCGCGACUCCCCUCACCCCGGCUGGGAGUGUCCAUUCCCCCUCCACAAGUAUGGCAACAUCUGCACAGUACAGACAGCUUCUAAAUGACUAUGGACCCCCUUCCCUAGGCUAUACGCAAGGGAUGCAGGGCACCAGCAGCAGUCAAGUACCACAGAGCAAAUAUGCAGAACUUCUAGCUAUCAUAGAAGAAUUAGGAAAAGAGAUUAGACCCACGUAUGCUGGGAGUAAAAGUGCGAUGGAGAGGCUAAAACGAGGCAUUAUUCAUGCUAGAGGAUUAGUUCGGGAAUGCUUGGCUGAGACUGAACGAAAUGCAAGAUCCUAGCCCACUAAUUCACUUGCAAGAUUUCCAAGAUCUCUUAAUGAAGAAAAAGUAAUACUUAUUCCUUUGACUCUUGAAACAUUCAGAUGAAUUCCUUUAUUUUGAAUGUUUUACCUUUCUUUUGCCCUUACAAAUGUGUAUAGUUAAGAAUGAAAAAACAAGGAUUUUUCAACUUACUGAGCGUUUGCAUUUUGUAAAGACAUUAAAACGCCCCAAAAUAUUUCUAAAACAUGAAAACUGAAUUGCAUGCAGAGGAAUGCUCUCUCUCUCUUCCAGGCUUUAUUUCAGUUCUCUUCCUAUCCAGCCACAAUCUCAUUCUGUUUUUCUUUUGACUAUAUUCACUUUUCACUUAACCCCAACUGUCAAUCUUUGACAUAAACUCUAAGGAUUUUUUUAAAUAAAUGCAGAAUAGCAUGCGGUACCUAGUAGUCUGCUAUGUCACAAUUUAUCAUGCAGCAUAGACCCUGCUUAGCAAUAACCUUCCCUUCCUCUUCUCCUUUUUUUGUUUUGCAUAAACAUUUGCAUGACUGUUAGUGCUUUGAAGUCCAUUUAAAGUGCAUGAGUUACAUGGAAAAUAAGGAAACCUAUUGAAUAAUAACAAGAUCCCAGAAAGCUAAUUUCUACAUUAUGGCUGGAGAUUUCAGUUUUAAGUUUGCCAAAAAGAAAGAAAAUUCUGGAUAAAUUACUAAAACUGUUAUUUGCAUCUUUGUAUGUAUUUAUUACUUGAUGUAAUAAAGCUUAUUUUCAUUAACAGUUUGUAUUAAAA